AUGAGUGUGCUUCUUUCAAGGUAUCAGCAUUUGAGAGAUGAUGGAAAGUGUACGUCGAUUUUCGAUUCCUACAAAGCAAUCAUUGAGCUAAGGAAAAAGUUUCUUGAAGAAUUUAAUGUUGUAAUAUUGAAGCUUUUUAGAGUCGAUCUUUUGGAACAGGCUACACAGAUCAAUAUCAUUAUGCUUGAUUUGAAUAACUCUGAGGCCGAAUUUAACGAAAGAAGAGAUUGUGUGUCAAAGAAGGACCUGCGUAUCCAAAUGGGGAGUUUUGGAAAGAGAAGGGCAGCCCAAAUAGCGCUACUUGCAAAGGCCAACCAAGUAAGAUUGAUUCAACUAAACGAAAAGCUUCUUUCUGAGUUUGGCAAAUCAAGAUCUCAGCUGUUGAAAGCUGCUUUCCAGUAUCUAGGUUUGAGGGAAUCAUUUAAUCAUCACCAAUUAGUUGAAAAUCAAUUUUCUUUUGUCGAUGCCCUGUUUAAGGUAUGCGGCGGCUUGAUAAAUUUCAAGCUUCUUACAAGCUCAUCAACGAGCUCAACCGGUGAUUUGGGAGAGUUUUCUCUUGAUUCGGACAAGUGUAGACCUAAAUCUACGAUUCCAGAGAUGGUGACGAUUGAACACCCUGUUGCUGGGCAAUUGAAAUCUUCGAUUCUUGAAACGCAGAGCCCACCCAUUUUAGCUGGCAUUGUGUUGAAAUUCUUUUCAGACCUUCCCGAGCCGCUAUUUCCAUUCAUCACACAUCCGGAAUUGGAUGCGAUUGCCUACCGCCGGGAGGAAGAUAUAAGAUUAGGGCUUAUUACAAAGACGAUCAACAAUCUGCCGAUGGAACAUGGCGUUACGCUAUCAAAAUUUAUUGGACACAUAUAUCAAUUUUGGAAUGGUGAAGAGCCUUCUGGAGAUGAUUUGUCCAAGAUUUCCCGUAUUGCGGGAAAAGUGAUCAUAAGAAAAAACGACACAAAACUGGGGGCCAUUUCUACGGGAAUAGGGAAGGAUAUGAGCAUGGAGCAGGUGAUCACAAAAGACCUAAUAGCCAAUUUCCCCUUGCUGUUCGGUGCUUUUUGCAAGAAAUGA